AUGGCGGGGGAGGUGAGCAAGGAGGCGCUAGAGAGCAUCCUGGUGCAUGCCAUGUUCGCCGCGAAGACCGUCCGGCCCCAGCGCGACCGCCUCCUGGAGGUCCGGCGCCGGCUGCAGCAGCAGCUGAAACCCAGCGACGACGACAUAGCGCACUGCGACCUCGCCAGCGAACUCUCCAAGGUCUACUACGACGGCAUGAAGGACAGCGCCCGCGCCAUCGCCGCCUGCCUCGAGCUGGCAGCCGAGAGCGGCGCCCGCCUGGAUCUCAUCCCGGCCUUCGCCGCCAUGCCCGACGAGCAGCUCCACGACGCGCUCCUCGCGCAGCAGCGCCUCCCCGCGCGCCCGACCACCCAGACCGAGGCCUUCGCCCGCGUCGAGGCCGCCUUCUACGCCGUCAGGCUGUGCAAGGAGCACCACAUCCUGAGCUGCAUCGAGCACCUCGUCGGCGUCCGCCCCCCUCAGGCGGCGGCCAACCGCAGCGUGGACGUGGACAAGGCGCGCGACUACCUCGACCGCGCGUGCACCCUCGCCAGCCUCGCCGUCAAGCACAUCGACCUCGCCGUCGCCGUCAUCUCCACCUUCCUCCACCCCAACAAGGUCGCCAGCAUCUCCGAGUUCACCGACACAGCCGCCUCCAUCUCCGAGGAUCAUUUUCUCCAGGUCACUUCUGUCUUUGAUUGA